AUGAGGAUCCCAACCUCAAGCACAUUCCAUCGCACCGUUCCACAGUCCACUCUCCUGCUCAGACGUCCUCAAUCAACCGUUCCAAUUUCUCGGCCGUCUACGCAACCCACAUCUCAAUCCCAAAAUGAAACUGAGCCUGAACCUCAAUCCCGAUCCCAACAAGACAUCCAAUCCAAACGCAACGCCCAACAAGCCCGCACGACGAUUGACCGUCAAUCCUACGAAUACACCAACUCGGGCACCGACGAUGCCGUCGCCGCCCAAGACACGUCUUACACCCCAAACACCGGCUCCACCAGCAACCCGGGCGAAGCAAUCGCUCAAGCGGCAGAAGAACUACAACAGCAAUCACAGCCGCCUGUCUCUACGGCCGCCACGUCCACGCACUCACAAGCACAAGCACAAUCUCAAGCAGGCGUGAAGUUCAAUCCCCUGGAAGUCUCGCCUGCCAACACGGCCAUCUCGAGCACGACAUCGGAAUACGAGGGAGGUGGCUCCACCGUCGUCGCCCACGGCGGAGAGCACCUCCCCAACCAGGCUCCCCCAAAGACAUACAUGGGCACAACCACGCACAAGAGCAAGAGCAAGAGUGCGAGCGUGAUAUCGAAGACGAGCGAGAAGAAAGUCUUUGCCGGAAAAGAUACCAGAAAGGAUGUCCGGCCCGGGGCUGAGCAGCGCGAAGUUGAGGAGGGAAAGGGUAGAGGGCCUAUAUUACGUCCGGGGCCGAGGUGA